UCAGCUUGCGGCUGUUGAGCGUGUGUCUCCUUUUGAGCCAUUCCUCUUUCUCUCUCUCCUAAUCUCUUUCGUACAGAUACUCUUCCUCUCACUCUCACUGCACGUCCCUUCAUAUUUCUUCACCGAUCACCCCAAUUCCGAUCUUCUUUUUCUAACCCAUUUGUUCUUCUCUCUCAGCUUCGCUGUGUCAUUGUUUGGGCUCCUCAUCUGGAUAAUCAAGGUCUUCUCUCAGUAGGGAAUUUCCACUUCGCCUUGUGCAUUUCCUUGAUCCUGGUUCUGUUCAGAUCUUCGAAAUAACUGCUAGAGAUGGUCGAUCCGACUGGCAAAGGAUCGGAGGCCGAGGACACCAAUAACAGAAGCCCUAACGCUGAUUCAUCGGAAGGAAGCCCAAUGAGCAACGAGCAGAAGAAAACCUGCGCCGACUGUGGCACUUCAAAAACCCCUCUUUGGAGAGGUGGUCCGGCCGGGCCCAAGUCUCUGUGCAACGCGUGUGGGAUCAGAAGCAGGAAGAAGAAGAGAGCCAUUCUGGGCAUGAACAAGGGAAAUACGGAUGACAAAAAGGGCAAAAGAAGCAACAACAGUUCCAAGAUUGGGGAUAGUUUGAAGCAGAGAUUAAUGGCUCUGGGGAGGGAGGUUUUGAUGCAGAGAUCGUCGGUGGAGAGGCAGAGGAAGAAACUGGGGGAGGAAGAACAAGCGGCCGUGCUGUUGAUGGCCCUCUCGUACGGCUAUGUUUAUGCUUAAUCCACAAAUCAGAGUGCUGAUUUUAGAGUGAAAGUAGAGAGACAUAUGUUUGAUAAUGCCCCCUUGUUUCAGAAAUUGUAUGUUAAGUUUGUGGGGUGAAAUUUUCUGUGAUUAGUUUUGUAUUAGAUUAGCUUGCUGACUGAUGUAUUGGUAUCAUGAAUCUUAUCAAGAAUUGUAAGAAAAUGAUUGAAUCCCAAUUUGGGUAGUGUAUUAUAAUCCCUAUUGGUUCGCGUUUUA